UCCAUCCCCAACCCAAGCCCAGGAUUCUCCCCCUUCCCCCUAUCAUUAAAUGCCUUGCCCUGUUUCUAAACCUAGUAUUAAAUGCAGCAGCUGGAAAAUCCACCCACCUUCCCCCCAAAAGAUCUCCCCUAAUCCCUUCUCUUUCUCCUCCAAAUGGGUUCCUUCAAUACCUCUGUAACUUCAAAUGUCCACCACCGCCACUGCCAUCCCCGCUAUUUCUUCACCCGUCACCACCACUGCUCCUCCUUCCUCCACUUACCUCACCAAUCUCGGUCUUGGCUAUUCCAUAGCCAUAGCCCUUGGUUUCCUUUUCCUCCUCUCCACUUUACUCCUUGCUUCCUACAUCUGCUGCCGUGACUCUCGCAACCGCUCCCACAAUGCAAACAACAACGAUAACAACCGAAACAACAACCCGAAUUCUCUCUCUGAUGGCAUAAUUCUCCCUCGCAUUAUCUUCGUGGCUGAAGACGAGAGUGACCUUGAACGUGACCAAGAAAGUGCAACAAUUGGCCUCGACCAGGCGGUGAUCAAUUCAUAUCCGAAAUUUCAGUUCACUAAAGAUGGGAGUUUGGACGGAAAUAGUACUACUUGCCCGAUCUGUUUGUGCGAGUACAAGGAUUUCGAGAUGCUAAGAAUGAUGCCGGAGUGCAGACAUUAUUUUCACUUGUGUUGUAUCGAUGCUUGGCUGAAACUUAAUGGGUCUUGUCCGGUAUGUCGGAACUCACCGCUUCCGACUCCGCUGUCUACGCCAUUGUCGGAGGUGGUGCCACUGUCGCAGUACGCUGCUGAUCGAAGGAGGAGGAGGUGAUUUGAUCUUGUUUGGUUGUUUUUGGAGUGGUGGUGAGUGAUUUGGGGGUCUUUUAUCGUGUGUUUUGGGAUUGAAAUUGUAAAUUUUGUUAAUUUCUGAAUAGGCAUAGGUAGUGGGAUUUUGGAUUUUCAUUUUUUUGUUACUGAUAAAUUGUGAUUUUGGUUUGCUAAGGCAGAGAAUGGAAAACAAACUACUUUCUGUGUUACUGUUUCA